UUUCCAGUUCAUGCUUCUUUUACUGAAGGACUAUAUAUAGUUUUUCCUUCUCAGCACGUGUUUUUGAUUUGGCGGUGUUUUCUAUUUAUGAGUGAAAAGUUCAGUAAACAAUGGGUGAAGGGAAACCGCUAAAGAAUGAGAGUGAAGAAGGAGCGGAUAUUGAAAGUGGUAAAGAAUCUUAUGAGGAUAAAAUUCAAAACUGCAGUUCAAUCGCUCAACCCAUGGCUCCGAAGAAACUAACCAAAAAAAUAUACAAAUGUAUCAAGAAAGCAUCUAAACACAAAGGUUACUUGAGAAAUGGCCUGAAAGACGUGCAGAAACAUCUACGUAAGGGAGAGAGAGGAAUUGUUAUUUUCGCCGGUGACGUAUUUCCCAUAGAAAUAAUGUGUCACCUUCCAAUAGUCUGCGAAGACAAGGAGAUUCCAUACGCGUAUGUGCCAUCGAAGCAAGACAUUGGCACGGCGAUGGGAGUGAAAAGAGGAAGUCUUAUGGUUCUCAUAAAAGAUCACGAGGACUACAAGGAGGAGUUCGAUGUAGUGCAAGCAGCGAUCAAGACUCUCUCGUCUCCCCUCUAGAUAAGUCUAAGAUUAAUCAUGAAAAAUAUACUAACGCGAAAAAAAAAAUGGAAGUGUAACGGAGGAAAUAGUUUUAUGAAUGAUUUUUU